AUGGCAGAUUGCCUUCAAGCUCUGACGCCGGAUCUGGUGCCAAAUUCGACCUACGAUCGUCAACGGCAUGAUAGUCCCUUCGGAGCGAGCCGCUUGGUCGAGACUUACGAAACCCAGGCUAGCCAGCCAGUUGAGGGUCUUAUUGAGCUUCUUCUAUUUUCGCUUCCCAUGGCUAUUGAGGCUGAUGGGCCUCAAAAGCUUGACAGAAGUACACCACGAACGUCACAAGUCGCCGACUUCAUGAGACCCUUUCGCAUGAUUAUGGUCGAAUUCUUCAAAAUGACAAUUUCUGCAACCCAGCUCAUGGCCGUUCUCUUUCGGGGGUAUCUGCCUCUUUCGGUUGCGACCCUGAACAAUGCACAAGACGAUGGGCCUCGGCUCUCUACGAACAUGUCAUUGGAGGAGCAGAUCGAAUUUAAGAUAGCAAGAUAUUCAGAACCUGGGCCUUCAGCUUCAACGCUUGAGAGCUUUCAUACUCACCCAAGUUGA